AUGAGCAUGCCACUGCACCCAGUCUCUGCCUUUCCUUCUCAGGAUGCCGCCUGCUCUAAAGUCUGCAGAAGUAAGACCAAAGAGAAGGAGAGGGAAGAGCAGAAUGAGAAGACUUUGGGAUAUCCCAUGAGUCAUUCAAGUAGCAUUUCUAAGGUCGGGGCUCCUCCGCCGGUGUCGGCUCCGGUGCACGCCUUCUCUCGCUCCUCCGUCACGCCUUCCAGCCAGGACAUCUGCAGGAUCUGCCACUGCGAGGGCGACGACGAGAGCCCCCUGAUCACGCCCUGCCACUGCACGGGCAGCCUGCACUUCGUGCACCAGGCCUGCCUGCAGCAGUGGAUCAAGAGCUCCGACACGCGCUGCUGCGAGCUCUGCAAGUACGAGUUCAUCAUGGAGACCAGGCUGAAGCCGCUGAGGAAGUGGGAGAAGCUGCAGAUGACGGCCAGCGAGCGCAGGAAGGUCAUGUGCUCCGUGGCGUUCCACGUCAUUGCCAUCACCUGCGUGGUCUGGUCCUUGUACGUGCUCAUCGACCGCACGACCGAGGAAAUCAGGCAGGGCCAGGCGACAGGCAUCCUGGAGUGGCCCUUCUGGACCAAGCUGGUGGUGGUGGCCAUCGGCUUCACGGGCGGCCUCCUCUUCAUGUAUGUUCAGUGCAAAGUGUAUGUGCAAUUGUGGAAGAGACUCAAGGCUUACAACAGAGUCAUCUAUGUGCAGAACUGCCCAGAAACAAGCAAAAAGCAUGUUUAUGAAAAACCUGCCCUCUCGGAGCCCAGCUUGGACCGUAAAGAUGGGCGCGGAGUGUGCCCUUCCGACACCACCUCCAGCGGCACGGAGCCCGAGGACCCCGGAGCGGAGAUCGUCCCGGUCUGA